AGGACGCAUCGAUAGCCAAUAUGUCAGCAAUCAGACUUUUACUGUUGGGCGUGGUGGCGGCAGUGGGCGGGGCCAACGUGUUCCCCGAGCCACGCCUGGAGACGCUACCCUGCGGAACGACCACCAUGAACCCAGGCGAGCGAGUGGCCAUCCAGUCGCCCAACUUCCCCCAAAACUACGAUACGGACUACAGGUGCCAGUACGAGAUCACGUGCAACCCCAUGGAGUCUACCUACCUGGAGUUCAUCUGUCCUACCUUCGAACUGGAAUCGUCUACCGACUGCCUCAAUGACCGCCUGGUGGUGACUUACCAUGGCUCUCGCGAAGAGAAAUGCGGCACCGACAGUCCCGACGGAACCAUCACCUCCGACGGGUGGACGCGCCUCACCUUCGCCAGCAACGCCGCCACCACCGCCCCUGGCUUCCGCUGUUACAUCUGGUGUCGCGAACAGACCACCACGACUUCCACUACCACUUCAACGACAACCACAUCUACCACUACUACUACCCCAACCACCACUACUACAACUACAACGCCUACAACCACAACCCCCACCACAACUACUACCACACCCACCACUACAACACCCACAACAACCACGCCAACCACUCCAGUCUGCUAGAUCAACAAUCUGUAAUGCAUUUAAACCUUUGCAUUGCACCUUCUACCACCAUUGCUACAUUUAUUACCGCAAAUGCACAACAACACGAAAUGCAACAUCUUACGAAGUCUAAACCUAAUACUCCACUCUGGAAGAUCUGCUGCUACGUUGCAAGCUCUCCUCUAGGUCUUGACACUCAGAGGGUAAAAAUAUGUUAUCCAAUAAAAUAGGAUAUAUGA